AUGGAUUUUUUAGAAGUUUAUUCGUUACCACCGGGGAAUAAGCCAAAAUACAUACCGAAAAUAUACGAUAGUGAAAAAGUUGAAAAUAAUAAAAGAUUUAAUAGAUUUUUAUUAUUUAUCCUUCUUGGAGUCUACAUAAGAUUCAUAAUGACGCUUUACGAUAUUGGUUUUAGACCUAGAUCGCGAUCAUUAGAAACAUUUAAUUAUAUAACAGUUGUUUUAGAUGCAUUUUAUUUUUUAGAUGUUAUUUCACAAAUAAUUUACAGAAAAAAAUGGCCGAAAUCAACGUCAAGAUUGAAAAAAAAUGCACCUUAUUUGUCUAGAUUGGUUUGGAGGAAUAAUAUGUUUCUUCCCCGGCCGAUAUGGAUGUUGGUUUUCGAUAUAAUAUCAUUAUUACCAUUUUCAUUAGUAAAAAAUGUUUAUGUGGAUUCGACAUAUAUUUUUUUAUGGGAAUUCCCAUCGGCAUUGAGAGUUUACAGAGUUCUCGCUCAUUACGGUUCCGAAGCUAAAAAAAUAUCACCGUCAACGAACAAAUCCCUUGGUUUAUUUUUAAGAGCUGGAAUGUUUUGGAUGAUAUUGAGUCACACGCUUGCUUGCAUAUGGGGCUACGUAUUAGAUAAAAUAGAUAUAAAUUUUUCGAUAAGAGAUAAUUCGACGAAUGAUUUGAAAGAUGAAAAACCCUUUCACUACUACAUAUUUUUAUUUUAUUUUGUUUUCACAGGAUUGACAAACAUCGGAUUCGGUGAUAUUAUACCAACUUCGGAUGGUGAAAAAUUAUUAGAAAGUUUAGUCAUGCUCGUGGGAUUUAUUUUACUCAAAGGAUAUUUAAUUGCUACAUUAACAUCCGUUUUAACAGAAAAAGCUAGAAGGUUGACGUACCUUAAAUUUCGUUUAAGUCUCAUGUCUUUCGAAAUGGCAAGAAAUUUAAAUUUAAAUUUAAUUUCAUUACAUUACAAAAAAGGAAUUGGAAUAUUAAAUCGUUUGCUUUUAACAUUACCAGAUUCAUUUUCAAUACAAGUUUAUAAUGAUUUAUUUGUAGCAGCUUUAAAUACAUCUUUAUUAUUUAGAUCUUGUGACGAAUUUAGCAAGCGAGCCAUUGCAAGAAUAAUGAGAGUCGAAUUAUUUAUGGCCGGUGAUGCCAUAUUGAAAAGGAGAAAAUUUAAUUCGAAAAUGUUUUACGUCAGAAAAGGAACCAUUCACAUAAUGUCUUAUCAGGACGAUGCAACGGAAGUUAUGACUUUUGGUGCAGGUACAAUAUUUGGACAAAUAUCAUUAUUACUUUCCCUACCGGCAAAAAGUGAAGUUCAUGCGGCGACUUUUUGCGAAAUUCACAGUUUAUCUAGAAAAAGACUUUUCAGAGUUUUAAAAGAUUAUGCGCAUGCAAAAAAAAUCAUACAAAAUGUUCAUAAGAACAUGCUGUUGAAUGCAAUGGCCGAUAAAUCAGAUAAACAUAAAAGAAAAGCUCCGGGAAAUUUACUCACGACUUAUUCCUUUUACAAAGUUCCCAUUGAGACAUCGAAACUUGCAAGAGACGAUAUAUGCAUUGUAACUCGAUGCCCUUAUAUAUUUAUGCCGGAUACGAUUUUCAUAAAAGCAUGGAACGUGUUGAUAACCAUUAUCAUAAUCUUUAUAUGUUUUUACUAUCCGUAUCAGGCAGCAUUUGCGAGAGAAUAUAAAAAAGAUUUAGAACCUUUAUUUAUAAUCGUGGAUUUGGUAUUUCUUUUAAAUUUAUAUUUAAGUCUUUCGACGUCGGUUAUACGUGAAAAUGUAUUGUUUUCAAGCUUGCGAGAUAUCGUACCUGCUCGAUUGACAACGUUAAAUACCGUCUGCGAAAUAAUCGCUAUCAUACCUGCACAUUAUUUUAUUUGGCACACGAAUAGAUUAAAAUCUGUUAUUUUGUGUUUAAAAUGUGUCAUGUUUUACAAAGUUCAUCUGGUAUUUAAAACUGCAGAAUGGAGCUAUGGAAAAACAACGAUAUUCCUUCUUCGUCUUAUUAAAUACGUUUUAUACUUUUUAUUCGGAGCUUAUAUAAUUGGAAUUGUAUUUUAUAUGGAGGCUUGCUACGUCGAUCCAUGUUUGCAAGAUUCUUGGUACGUUACCACGAGUUCACCAAACAGAUCAGAACCAAUAUGGGUUUCAUUUUAUUUUGCUAUAAUUGUAAUAAGUGGCACAGGAUUCGGAGACAUCGUACCUAAUAAUAUAACGGAUAUAAUUUACGUCAUUGGAUUUAUUAUUUUCGGCGUAUUGCUUUUAAUUUAUCUUAUAGCCGAUUAUUCUGCAAAUCUAUCGCUUAGUAGAGAACCGAGAAUAAAUAAAUGUAAUUCAUUCAGGCAAGAAUUUAUUGAAUUGGCUGAAAGAGUUAAUUCAUUUUUGAGAAGUCAAAAAAUGUUAAAAAGCGAAAGAACUCGCGUGAGACAUUUUUUAAAUCUUCAAUGGGAAAGAAAUAGCUUAUUUACUCACGCGCACACACCCACACAGGGAUACGAAUUCACAUCGGAAAAUCGUUUAUUUUACGACAUGCCAAAACAUUUACUUUACACUAUAAAUCAAUUUACAAGAACGGACGGAUCGGAAAUAUUGGGAAAUUUAUUAAACAGUUCAAUAAGAAGAAUAUUUCCACCACACGAAGUUGUCAUUUAUGCUGGAGAAAUAUGUGACAGUCUCAUCAUUCUCGAACAAGGAUAUUGCGAAGUUACCUAUGGAAAAGAUACGUCGAUAACUAAAAUAAUUCACGCUGGACAAGAUAUAGGACUUGUUGAAUUUAUGUUAGAUAUGACUUCGUUUUGUCACGUUCGAACAUUGACUCAUUGCGUUAUUAUAAAACUUCAAUCGAAAAAUUUAAUACGAGCUUUUUCUUUAAAUCCCAUCAUAGCGGCCGAGUUUAAAAAAUCAAUUGAAAUUUUUGCUAAAAGUCCCAUUCUCAAAGAUGCAAAAAAAAAUCAACCCGUUUUAUUACAUUUAACCGUGAGAAAAGCCGUACAAGAAUCAUUUUACAGAUUUCGUUAUUAUAGAAAACAAGGUGGAAAUCAAGAAUUAAGAGAUCCGUAUUUAAAACUAGGAUUGUGUCAAUGGCUGAGGUAUCUACUGUUUAGAGUUACCGUAUUACCAUAUGGUAAUUUUCUCAAACGUUGGGAAUUUUCACGUUGCAUAUUUGCUUUUCUUUCAUCAUUGAUUUUUCCCUGUCUACCUUAUUUCGAAUUAGAAUUUGGAUUUUUAUAUUAUCUAUCAAUAAUACUCGACAUAACGGCUUGGGUUGAUAUGUAUUUUCGAUGUCACGUUUGUUAUUACAACAAACAAAAUAUUUUAGUGACUCAUCCAUUGUGGACUUUGGGUCAUUAUUUAAAAGGGAAUUUCGUUUUGGAUUUUAUUUUUUCUUUUCCAUUCGAUAGAAUUUUAUAUCGUCCCAUAUACGAUGUUAACGAUGAAGCCAUAGUGUCAUCGAAUGCAAAUAAUUUAUUGCGUAUAUUACGAGUGGGUCAAGUUUAUAGAAUUCCAGUUACUUUAAGUACUGCUGGAGUGGAUUUCCUUUCACCUCCUCAUCUUUAUUGGGUUAUCGCAACGGCAACAAUUUUAACAACAACAUUUGUCAAUUUAGCAACGAUCGAAUUUCCAACUCUUCCAUCUUAUGUUUUCAUAGUCAAUUUUUAUUGGACUUGCACGACAGCAUUCGGUGUAGGUUUUGGAGAUAUCGUCGGUUCGACACAAGGACUCAUGAUAUACGUAAAUAUCGUUAUUCUCGUAUGUAAGUAUUAUAAACCGUACCUAUAUUUUAAUUACGUCACUGUAAUCAUCGCCUCUUAUUUAACGAGGAUAAAUAUGAAUUUAACGAUGUUUCAACAAGGUAUGAGUCAUUUAAUAAGUUUUUUAAAAGUUGAAAACGUUGAACCCAUGCUUAGAAAACACAUAAUAAAUCAUUUUGAAUACAUAUGGAAAAAAAAUAGGGCAUUUUCAAAUUUGGGAUCAGCUUUUCAUCGUUUACUAUGCAGCAAAUUAGACGAGAUACAUUUUCAAUCGGGUGCGGCCAUUUACAAACCAGGUGACGUUUUGUCACAAUUUUACAUUGUGCAUCAGGGUGAAGUCACAUUGGUUGGAAAAACGGAAAAUGAAACGGUCGAAUUGGGAAGAUCUAAAAUAUUUGGAAUAUUUAAAAACCUUCCAACGGAUACGGUUUCCCUAUCGGCUGUUGCCACGAAAAACGUAACAAUUUUAGGAAUCGAUUCCCUAAUGUUAUACAGCAUACUUAAAAAUUAUAAAAAAAGUCACGACGAUCAAAUAAACGAUCAAGAUAUUGAAUUUGAAUUUCAAGAUGCAUUAUAUAUGUCUAAUACGAUUUCAACCGAAUGGCAGGAAGGUACACAAAGUUUGAGUACGAGCAAAUAUUACUAUCAAUUAGUUUAUCUAACUUAUAACUAUUCAAAAUUUAUAUUAGUUUUUUACGUCGUGUUAUCACUGUAUACGGCAAACAUAGUAACGUUUAAUUUAGCAUUUCAAUACAACAGCAAAAUCGCAUAUAUUAUUGAUUUAUUCAUUGAAUUUUUAUUCGUUGUAAAAAUCGUUAUAGAAUUUUUUAAAGGGUAUUUGAAUGAUUUCGGUGAAUUCGUAUCGGAUUUGAGACUCAUAAGUAAAAGGUACAUGAAAACGGCAAGUUUUUAUCUUGAUAUAUUAAGCACGUUUCCAUUUGAAAUUUUUUCACUCAUAAUGGACAAAGAAGAUAAACGUAAUUAUUUGGCAACGUGGUUAAGAAUGACAAAAUUAUUAAGAUUGUAUAACGUUUGGUAUUUUUUCAAUUUGAGAUUCGAUACGUUAAGCGUAAACAUGAUUUUGCUUAAAAUAAUGGCAAAUACCGUUUGGACAACAACUCUUGUUCAUCAAUGUUCUUGCCUUUGGUAUUUCGUCUCAUGUCCAAAUGCAUAUUGUCCCAAUUCGAAAUUAUGGAACCGUAUAAAACGAACGGCUCCGGAUAAUACAGAAUACGUCAAUUGUUUUUAUUUUAUAAUUGCCAUAAUGACAACAACAGGAUUGGGAGACUUGUCAGCGACAACGGUCACAGAAAUAAUGUGCGUUAUUUUUUUUUGUUUUGUUUUUUUCUUUUAUACGGCCAUAUUCAUCGGUGAAAUGGUAUCGAGUACCAACAAGUAUCUUUUUUCAAAAACAAAAUUCGAAUACGAAGUUGAAGAACUCAAGAAUUAUCUCAUAAUCAGUGAAAUCCCAUACGAAAAUCAAAAAUUAAUACUUAAAUAUGUGGUUAAUUUAUGGCGUAACGAAAAAGGAAAACAAGUACCUGAUAUAUUAAAAUUUGCACCGACAUAUCUCGUAAAUGAAAUUAAACUUUCUACUUAUGGAGGACACAUAAAAAAAAAUCCAUUGUUUAAAAAUUGUUCACAAAAUUUUCAAAAACAACUCAUUUAUUUACUUAUAAGAACCGUUUUUUAUUUUGGUGACGUCAUCGUUUUUGAAGGACAGGCAAGUAUUGAACCUCUUGUUGAUAAAACUGCAUAUUUUGUACACAGCGGUCAAGUCGUAUGUAAAAAUUGCAGUGAUAAAACAAUUUAUCGAGAAUAUUCAUUUUUCGGCCUGAGUCAGUGCGUGAAAGAAAGUUUACCACACCAUCAAACAUUCGUUGCAAAUUCAUCUUGCGUUAUUUUAUCACUAAACAUAACGAAAGCAAAAUUUUUAAUAAAAUUUUUCCCAGAAGAUAUGAAAUAUAUUGUAGACAACGUCAACGCGAUCGAAAGUAAUUUGAUGUAA